GCGACGACGACGAUUCCCGCGGAUCCGCCCGCCGAGGCCGCGCCACUGCCACCGCCACAGGCCGGAGCCACACCAGCGCCAGCGCCGCCGCCGCAUCCCAGCUUGACACAAAGGCUGCGAUACUCGCUCCUGAAGUCCAUCGCCAGAGCCGCCGGCAGCACAGACCGCACGCUUGUCCGCCUCGCAAAGCUCGUCUCCACGCCCGACGGCAUCGACAUCCUGCUCACGACAACAUGCUACACCCUCACCCUUGUCCACGCACUGCUGUCGCGCAUCCUCGAGCGCCGCCUCGCCCACAUGGCCGCUGGUAUCGCUGAAAAGGCAGACGGCGUCUUGCCCCCGAGCACAAAGGCCAUGGCGCAGAUUGUCGCCAGUGCAACGGCCAUAGAGCAAGUCAUCUCUGACUAUCGCAUCUUCGCACGCAUGUGGGGUCUGCUGGGCCUGUAUGCCUGGGCGAGGGCGACCUGUCACGACCCGCUUCCCGUGAAUGCUGGACGGCAAGAGACGAUACUGCGCGGCCUGACGUGGGCCAGCGUUGUGUCGAGCGUGGCCUUCCAGGUUCUAGAGAACGGCGCAUAUCUGAGCUCCAAGGGAGCACUGACAACAGACCGCUGGACGGGAGCGGCUGGGAAGGCGCGGGAAACCCAGUGGUGGCUCUGGAGCUCGCGCUUCUGGGCCGCCUAUGUGGGCAUGGAAAUCCUUCGUCUUGCCAUCUUGCGAUACUACCGCGAGCCAGCGCCCACUGCGCUUGUUGGUGGCGACGGCGAGAAAGAGGACAAGAUGAGCAUGGAGGAGAGCAUCAAGGCGGCCAAGCAAGAAAACUGGGUGUGGUGGAAAGACCUGACUUCCAAUGUGGCUUUAGCCCCCAUGACAAUACACUUUUCCAUGGAGCAAGGCCUGCUUAGUAAUGCCGGCAUGGGCAUCUGUGGCACUGUUGCUGGCGUAGCAUUGCUGAUAGAUGCUUGGGCGAGGACUGCAUAGUCGCCAUGCAAGCCGUGGAAGAUUUUUAAUCCCUGGUCCAGUCCACGCAGCAUUGCGGAUUGCCGCCGGGGCCUAUACAAGACAGGCUCAAAUCUCCUGUUGUGUGCACCCCCCAACACACACUCCAUCCCAAGUAUCACAGAUAGAUAGACAAACCCUCAUGACACUUGAAUAUUAC